UAACGACGUCACGAAUAAAUUAUAGUGCUCACGUUACCUAGCAACCAGUGUUUUGGACAUGGCGGACAAGUACAACGCAGAGUCUAUUAUAACAGAAACUCAGAAGAGGAUAAGCAAUGCCUUUGACGUGUUUGACCACGAAUCCAACAAGACUGUCGACGUCAGGGAAAUAGGCACCAUUAUCCGUUCACUGGGUUGUUUCCCAUCAGAAGCUGAUUUGCAUGAUAUCAUUGCUGAGCUAGAAGACGAAGAGCCCACUGGGUUUGUACGCCACGAGAAGUUUCUUCCAACUAUGACUAAGAUCCUUCUGGAGCGCAAAUUCCGUCCUAUUACGGAAGACCUGCUCCUUCAGGCCUUUGAGGUGUUAGAUCAGCAGAAAAAAGGACACUUGGAACCGGAGGAACUGACCAAAUAUUUAACACAAGAAGGAGAGCCCUUCACGCAGGAAGAGAUGGAUGAAAUGCUGUCUGCAGCUGUUGAUCCUGAUAAAAAUGUCAUUCUCUACAAGGAUUUUGUGAGCAUGAUGACAUUGGAUGACACUCGAUGAUGGCUGACGGCACGAUUAGAAAUAUUUUUAUAGCGUAUCAUUAACAAAAUCAUGCGGUUGCCAUAACAAACAACAUGCUGUUUAUUUACAAUGUAUUUUGGCUGUUUACCCAUGCUGUAUAUCAUUAAUGGUGUUCAUAAUGUCCUAAUACUCAUUGUUUAAUAAAUAGUUUGGCAAAAUUA